UUGAUCCAUCCAUUAUUUUCUAAAACAUGAUUUAUCACAGUCUGUAAUUUACUUUCAUAAUGAACAACUGUUUUUUAUACAAUUUUCUAAUUAUCGCGAAUGUAUUUUCGUCAUUGGUUGAAAAACAAUUCGUUAGUGGAAAUGCCGCCAUUAUUACCAGUGUCAAUUAUGCGUUUGAGACAUUUAGUCCUUACGCCCUGAUACGGUUCUUCGAAUUCAGUGACAAGGAGUGGAAUAUAACGGACAAGUGUUUUAGGGACAUGUAUGUGUAUGUGGAUGGUUUGCGAAAUGGUGAAUACUGGGCUGUUAAAUUGUAUGAUGCCACUAGUUAUUAUGCCGGUGCAGCAUUUUCGGGAACCUCAACACGUCUGCACAAUCCGAAUGUUUGUCGUUUGCUGUCAAAACAAUUUAAUGACAAUAUCAAAAUUCAGCGUCAUCCUUCAGAGACAAAAUUGUACGUUUUGCCCUUUGAUGUUCAUUUAAUAUCGGGCCACUUUCUUAUGGAAAUUGCCCAUGAUAAUUUCUUUCGGUUUGAAAAAAUCCAACAAAUGAUAUGUUUCCCGAAAUCGUGCACCAAUGCGGACAUGGAGAGUGUUUUGGACGUUUAUCUGUUUCAAACAACCAUUUUUGUAAGAAAUGUCACAUAUUUAAGGCAUCGAAUUGUAACCGACAAUUAUAAAAUUUAUGAAGAUUUCAACUUUUAUAUAAUGAUAAUAAUUCUCUGCGGAUCGAUAUUAAUUCAUCUGACAGUAUUUAUAGCAAAGCAUUACAUUGUUGAACUAAAUCGUUCCACCUUAAGUGAACAACAUUUGCAACAACAUGCUGGUGGUGGUGGUUCACUAAAAAUUAAUAAUUUGAUAAAUAUUGCUGAAUGGAAAAAUACUUUGGAGAGUGUGGAUAUGAAACAAUUUGCUAUGACUCGUUUUAAAACAAAUGAGAGAGAAAGUUUACCAAAAAUUGUCUCUAGACAACAUUCGUAUUGCUUCGAAGAACUUUUGGAGUUCGUAUCUCUGCCCAAUGUGGUAUAUAAUUUAUUUCAGACUUCAUCCACUCCUUUAUGCGGCCUGAUGUUUAUGUUUUCCUUUAUAUUUAUAUGUUUGCAUUUGGUGGCCGAAUACAGUUUUAUGUCCAAUACCAUGGACUUGGGUUUGGCCAACAACAAGGUGAAACAACGUGUUGCCAUUCUUCAACGUUAUGCUUAUGUAAUGGAUGUUUAUUUUCUGAUCAAUGGAGCGAAUUUAUCGUAUGACUUUUUUAAAUCAUUGCCAAAGGACAAAUUUAAUGUUUUUGAACAAUUGAAACAUGUUUUAAAACUUAUACUAAAAAAACUAUUUGGUUUAACUCCAUCGUAUACCUUUGUGUUGUACGCAGCUCAACUGUUGGACAAAUAUUUCCAUUACAAUGUAACAUUGGAAUUGCCUUCUAGAGACUAUAAAAAUUGUCCACAUAACAUGUUUAGUAACAUCUUCUACAUGGACACAUAUUUCCCACCAACAGAGAGGUGCAUGCCUUGGACUUGGUUUAUAUCUUUGCAAAUACAAUUUUAUGUUACCUCGUGUUUACUGAUGCUACUGGUGGAGAUACAAUUGCGUUAUUCCAUCAUUAUUGGCACAACCAUAUUUUGCAUUUCAAUAGCAGCAGCCACAUUGUGGUCUCUGGGACCCGUCUACGAAUACGGUUAUACAACAACUUUGCUGUAUGAAUUGGUCAAUUUCAAUUUGAUAUUGGACAAUAUUUGUUUGUUUAUCAUUCCUCAUCUGUUGGGCAUUUGUUUGGGUCAUAUUAUCUACAAAAUGAAUCAUAAUUUCAAUAUCAACAUAUUUUUUGUGGUCUCAGGUUGGCUAUUCUCUUUAACACUGAUUGCUUUUUAUAUAUUUGGCCUCAAUUUGAUUUUGCUUCAAGUAAAUAAGUUGACCAAAGCCUUUCUCAUUGUUACCACCCAUAUAAUAUGGUGCUGUAUUUUGUUUUGGACUGUUCUAUCGGCCAUGUCCAAUUAUGGAGAUGUGAUUUACAAAGUCUUAAGUUUCAAAUACGCCCAUGUUUUCGAAAAACUUACACCGAUUAAUUUAAUCAUCACACCCAUAAUAAUACGUCUACUGGUGUUUACGGCCGAUGUGCCCAUAUAUUGGUCAACAGGACAAUCGUUGGCCCUUUUUGUUGGCUGCACGCUGUUGAUACAAGUGAGUUCAUUGUUGCUCUACAUUUUACUUGAUGGCCCACUAAUGGCUGCACUUGAAAAUAUACUUGGCAAUAAUUUAUAGGAAGUAUACCUAAUAAUAAAACAAAAAACAUAGUAACAAUAAUAACAUUAAGUAACAAUUUAACGAUGGUGUGUGAAAAGUCUUUGUGAAAAUAGUUUGAUUUGAAAAAAAUACAUAAGUAAUUAUGUUUGCAAUCAUCACAGUCAACAUUAGCAGAUCAAAUUUAUGUUUAUUUACGUGUAACGAAACUAACAACAACAACACUAUUUGAGACAUAGCUAACUGUAAAUGUUGGUCAAUUUUAAUUACUCCUUAUUUCUUAUUCUCUAACUCUUUCUUGCUCUUUCUCUGAGUGUCUUGUAAUUUGGGUAAAUACAAUAUAACGGCAGCAGCAACAACAACAACAUCCUCGCUAUCAUCACAAAUAAUAACAAUAAAAUAAUCAUGUAAUAAAAGUCUUGAAAAAAACCGCGUAAAUUAGCGU